CUCCCUCCUCUGUCACCUCACUACUUCUCAUCUCCUCUCUCUCUCUCUCUCUCUCUCUCUCUUGAGCUCAGUGCAAUGGCUUCUCUAACUCAGGGAAUCCUGCUGAAGCUGCUUCAGUCGAUGGACUCGCCGACCCGUGUCACCGGGGAGCACCGAUCUGCGCUUCUCCAGGUCAUAGGUAUAGUCCCGGCCCUCGCUGUCCCCGAUUGCCUCUGGCCGAACCACGGCUUCUACGUCCAGCUCUCUGACUCCCUCAACUCCACUUAUGUCUCCCUCUCCGACCACGACACCGACCUCAUCCUCUCCAACCGCCUCCAGCUCGGCCAGUUCGUCCACCUCGACCGCCUCCUCCUCCACUCCCCUCUCCCCCUCGUCUCUGGUCUCCGCCCCAUCCCCGGACGGCACCCCUUCGUCGGCCGCCCCGAGCCUCUUGUAGCUCGCAUCUCCUCCUCAACCCCCGAGUUCGUCAUCCAGCCUGCGUCCUCCGACUCCUCUGAUGGCGGCAACUCAGUCGUGGAACCCAUAGCUCUUUACCUCUCCUCUGCUAAAAAAUCUGAGAGAGGCAAAGAGCAGAACCAGCCGGAUCUGAAGGCUGAGAAGAGCCAUCCUCGGCAGGCUCUGGCCCCAAGAAAUGCAAAUCUUGAGGAGCCCAAGGAGAAGCCGUCGAGGUUUUCGUCCCCAGCAGGGGCGAAGAGAUUGGCAUCGGUCGGAAGGAAGACACCAGCGGCCCCAGAAAGGGAUCCGUCUCCGGCAACCAAGGGCGGGAGGCGUUCAGCAUCUCCGGUGCCAUCCAAAUGCGUGGUCCCGAGCCUCACGGCAGCAAAGGAGGAGAACAGGAGGGUCUCGAGGGAGCCGGCAAUCAUAGUCCCCUCAAGGUACAGGCAGCCCUCCCCAACUGCGAGGAGGCAGGGGUCGCCAAACCCCCGGAGGGCCUCGAUAUCUCCUGGGAGGAGGCUGUCGGGGGGAGUGAAGGUCGCGGUCUCUCCGAUGGUGGGGGAUUCAGCCAGCAAGAAGAAGAUGGCGAGCAUUGCAAUGGGGAUCUCGAAGGUCUCCGAAGCACUGGUAGGGUCCAAUAAAGCCAGCAGGAAGAGCUGGGAUGAGCAGGGCCCGCCACCCGUGGCAGCUCCUCUGGAGCAGAAGGAGAAGGCUUCUGCAAAGAAUAAAACCGAUCUGCGAGCCAUUUUGCGGACUCAGGCGGCCAUAUCAAGGAGACUCAGCGAUGUGAAUUGUCCAAAACCUGGUACUGACGGCUCUUCAGGCAAGGAAAAAUCAAAAUCUAGGAUUGCUGAGGCAUCCCCGGUCUCUGAGAAGUCACCUGAUGCAACUCUUGGUAUUACCAUACAUGACAAGAAAUGGACCGAUGGCAGUACUUCUUUGGACUCUGUCUCCAAGGAUCUUGAGAAGCUUGGCAAGGAGGCUAUGCAGAGAAGAGCCAUUGCCUCCACUGCAGCAGCUGAAGCAUUGGAGGAGGCCACUGCUACUGAGUCAAUAAUCCGAAGUUUGAGCAUGUUUUCGGAACUCUCUGCAACUUCAAAAGCUGAGAAUCCUCUGCCCACGAUUGAGCGUUUCUUUUCACUCUAUGAGGAUGUCAUUAAAUCAACUGCAAUGGCUGAGGCAAUAGCCAGUAGUCGCACUUCUAGCCCACCUACUGAUGCUAUUCUAGGAGACCAAUCUAAAUUCUCUCUCUGGGUUGAAGCUGCACUCGCUACAGAUCUUGAGAUUGUCAAUUUCUUGACCAACCAGGAUACUGAACCUUCCUCCAACCUGCAAAAGAGUUUGCUGAAACGACAGUCUUCAAGUUCUGCUUCGAAGAGCAAUGCUGUGAAGUUUUCCUCCAGUGCACAAUCAGACAUCAACUCUUUUACUUGGGCGAGGGGUCACGGAAUGAGAGAAACUGUGGAACUCGCAAUGAAAUUGCAGGGUGAGAUGCAAUUCUGGUUCAUUCAGUUCAUCGAGGAGUCCUUGGAUGCAGGCUUUAGGGUGUUCAAAGAGUGCGCUAGAGGAGAAGGCAAAGGCCUCGAUUGUGGCUCGGUUGCUGCUGUCUUAUCGCACUUGAAGAGAUUAAAUGACUGGUUGGACCAGGCAGCAUCAAAGAGGAAUGAGAUCCUGGCAGAGAAGAUUGAGCGGCUCAAGCGGAAGAUCUACGGGUUUGUUAUCCAGCAUGUUGGGACAACUUUUGAUAAUUCCGCAUGAAAUUUGAGCUGCUCAUUCUAAAUAUUACGCUGUAUUUAAACACGGUCGAAGCCCAAUAUGGAAGAGCCCAAUAUGGAAGAUUCUUUGUCUUUAACUGUUUUUAGGGCCCUUAGUAUCUUCCAACUCCUACAGCUUCUCAUCAGAUGAGAAUAAUAGCUCCAUUGCUCAUGUUAAUGAAUAGUUCAUGUUUCCCCAUCUAUUCAAGGUCUCAAAGAAAAUGUCUUCAAUGGAUA